UUCAAAGUUCUCUUCUUCCACUGCACACGGCAUUCGUUCCAAAAGGCAGAUACCGAGCAAAUGGAGGCAUGAAAUCAAGAAGUAGAAGCAAGCUUCUCUGCAAUCAAAUGCUGCAAAACCUAUCAUAUUUCACCUCCAAUAAUGCUAAACUUGAAAGGGUCAGUUCUCUUUUCACUCACAUCUCCAUUGAAUUUCGAUUCUUUACAUGUUCUCUCACUGACCCUUCACUAAAACCCCACAAAGAUUUAUCAUCUUUUAACUUUAAUGGUAUUGCGCACUCUGUUAUAUCUAAGUGUUCUCAUUUCUUUGAUAAAAAAGAACCCAAAAGACACAACUUUCUUUAUGAUGCUUCUUUUAAAAUGCCGCUCUUAGAUAUCUCUGAUGUAAUACCUCAUGUUACACGUCGGUUUUUGAGGGUUUUGAGGUUGAAACCAGAAGAUGUGCUUGAAAUGUUACUGGGUUUUCAAGUUGAGUGUGAAAGAGUUGCAGUUAAGAGUGCAAAGGUUGAGUCAUUAUGGGAGAUUUUUAAGUAUGCUAACGAACAAGAUAAGGGUUUUAGGCAUUUUCCCAAGUCAUGUGAGGUUAUGGCUUCUAUUCUUGUUAGGCAUGGGAUGUUUAGAGAGGCUCAGUUAUUGCUUUUGGCAAUGGAGAGACAAGGAAUUUCAAUGGACAGUAGUAAGAUUUUUGUUAGUUUGAUUGAAGGGUAUGUUGGUGUUGGUGAUUUAGAAAGGGCUGUCUUAGUGUAUGAUCAAAUGAGGGAGCGAGAUUUAGUGCCAUCGUUGUUGUGUUAUCGUGCUCUUGUUGAUCUUUCAGUAAGAAUGAAGAGAACCCAGCUAGCAUUUCGAGUUUCUUUAGAUCUGGUAGAAUUGGGGAUUAGUGUAAGCGAAGGAGAAAAUGCUAGUUUUGAGAAUGUUGUAAGAUUACUUUGUAGGGAUGGAAUGAUUCGAGAAGCAAGGAAUUUUAUUAGGAAGUUAAUGGCCUUGGGUUUUGAGCCUAGCAGCUUGGUUCUUAAUGAGAUUGCUCUUGGGUACUGUGAGCAGGACUUUGAGGAUUCAGUAAGGUGUUUUGCUGAAAUGAAAUGUUCCCCAAAUGUGCUUACUGGCAAUAAGAUUUUAUUCAGUUUAUGCACUGGUUUUGGUGUAGAGAGAGCAAAUUUGUUCAGACUCAAAUUGGAGCACUUGGGUUUUAUGCCUGAUGAAGUAACUUUUGGGAUCUUGAUUUGUUGGUGUUGUCGUGAAAGGAAAUUGAGGGGUGCCUUCAAUUAUUUAUCAGAGUUGUUAUCUCGAGGCCUAAAACCCAAUAUAUGGUGCUAUCAUGCUCUUAUCAGUGCGUUGUUUAAAGAAGGCAUGUGGGAGCAUGCACAAGACAUUCUUGAUGAAAUGGUGGAUAUGGGAACAGCCCCUGUUUUGUCAACUUUCAAAAUUCUUUUGGCAGGAUAUUGCAGGGCUAGACGAUUUGAUGAAGUAAAGGUGGUGAUUCAUGAGAUGGUGAACCGUGGUCUAAUUGAAUCAUCUGCACUCGAGGAUCCUCUUUCAAAGGCAUUUAUGGUCUUGGAGCUCAAGACUUUAUCAGUGCGGUUGAAAAGGGACAAUGAUGUUGAGUUUUCUAAGACAGAAUUCUUUGAUAACCUUGGUAAUGGACUUUAUUUGGAUACAGACCUGGAUGAGUAUGACAAAAGAGUAACGAGGAUACUGGAAGAUUCUAUGGUUCCUGAUUUUGAUUUUCUAGUAAGGAAGGAAUGCAGUAAUGGAAAUUUUAAAGUUGCAUGCUCAUUGACCGGUGAAAUGGCUCGAUGGGGUCAAGAACUGUCUCUCUCUGUUGUCUCUGCAUUAUUAAAGGGGCUUUGCACUCCUCGUUCCUAUAUCAAGUUAUGCAGCAGUCUUUUGGAGAAGAUGCCAAAGCUGGUUAAUCAACUAGACCAAGAAGUUCUCAAUUUGCUAGUCCAAGCAUACUGCAAAAUUGGAUUGACACACAAAGGGUGGUUGAUUUUUAAUCAAAUGCUUCAAAGAAAUCUAACAAUUAACAGUGAAACAUUUACUGCUCUAAUUAAGGGACUGUGUAAGAAGGAAAAUUUGCGGAACCUUCAUGAUUGCUGGGAUUUUGCUCUAAAUGGUAAAUGGUUACCAGGGUUGGUGGAUUGUAUAUCUGUGGUUGAAUGUCUGUGCCAUUGUGGAAUGCUGAAGGAGGUACUAGAGCUUUUGGAAAGGAUGUUGGUAUUGAAUCCUGAAUCAAGGUUAAAAGUUUUACAUAUCUUCCUUGAAAAGCUUUCUCUUACUGGCUUUUCGAGCAUUGCACACUUGUUUGUGGAAGAACUACUACAGCAUGGUUGUGCCUUAGAUCAAAUUGCAUAUAGCCAUCUUAUAAAGGGGUUAUGCAAGGAGCAAAAGUAUAAAGUUGCCUUCGCAGUAUUAGACAUAAUGCUUGCUAGGAAAAUGGUUCCAUGCUUGGACGUAUCUCUAAUUCUGAUUCCUCGGCUGUGUAAGGCUGAAAAACUUCAGACAGCUAUUGAAUUAAUGGAAAAUGUUUUGAGGGUGCAAACUACAUUCUACAGCGAUUUUGCUAAAAGAUUUUGUGUGACAGGAAAGGCUGGGGAAGCAGCCAAUAUUUUCCAGAAUAUGCUGUCCAAGGGGCUGCUACCUGAUGCUGAUAUUUAUAAUAUGCUGUUGCAACAAUUCUGCCACACCAAAAACUUGAAGAAAGUCAGGGAGUUACUUGGUGUUGUCAUAAGAAAAACUGCAAGCCUCACAAUCUCGAGUUAUCGCAGUUAUGUGCGUUUGAUGUGUAUAGAGGGUAAAGUGGAUUAUGCAUUGAGCCUGAAGAAGGUAAUGGUGCGAGAAAGCAAGUCUGCUAGCAUCAUCCUAUACAACAUUCUGAUUUUCUAUCUUCUCUCUGCUGGGGAAAGUAUGCUCGUGAAGAAGGUUUUGAAUGAAUUACAGGAGGAGGGGUUGGUGCUCAAUGAAGUUACAUAUAAUUUUCUGGUAUAUGGAUUUUCUAAAUGCAAAGAUGUCUCUACUGGUAUGCACUAUCUGUCUACAAUGAUUUCAAAGGAGCUUAGGCCUAGCUAUCGAAGCUUAAGCACAGUAAUAACCUUCCUAUGUGAUAUUGGGGAACUUGAUAAAGUAUUGGAAUUGAGUCGAGAAAUAGAAUUGAAAGGCUGGAUUCUUGGUUCAAUUGCUCAAAAUGCAAUUGUUGAGGGCCUUCUUUUCCAGGAUAAGGUUGAAGCAGCUAAACAAUUUCUGGACCGAAUGGUAUAUAAAGGUUUAACUCCUCAAAGUAUUAGUUAUGAUAAUUUAAUUAAGCGGUUUUGUUGCCUUGGAAGACUGGACAAGGCUAUUGACCUUCUGAAUGUAAUGUUGAAGAAAGGAAAUAUGCCUAGUUCUACCAGUUAUGAUUCUGUAAUUUGUGGUUUCUGCUCUAGAAAUCAACUGAACCAAGCUAUGGAUUUCCAUGCUGAGAUGUUGGAUAGGAAUCUUAAGCCAAGUAUCAACACAUGGGACUUGCUUGUCAAACAGUAUUGCCAACAAGGACAACCUGCAGAAGCAGCAAAGCUCCUUCUUUCAAUGGUUCAGGUCGGCGAGACUCCAACCAGGCUGAUGUACUGCUCUGUAAUUGAUGGUUAUCGCAUGGAAAACAAUCCAAGGAAGGCAUCAGAGCUAAUGCAAAUGAUGCAACAAAGUGGUUAUGAGCCAGAUUUUGAUACGCAUUGGUCUCUUAUUAGCAAUUUAAGCAAUUCGAGUGACAAGGAUUAUAGUAAAAGUAGUCAGGGUUUCCUGUCAAGCCUUCUCGCUGGAAGUGGAUUCUCUUCCAAGAAGGACCUCAAUGCCAAACUGGGUUAAAUACAACGGUGCAAAGGGUAGGCCUUUUAGCUUCAUGAAACAUUGAUAUAUUCUUACAUGAAAUUUUGUAAUUUUCACCAUGAAUUAGGCGUUUCAGCUCAGCUGUUUCCAUGGAAAAGAGCUUUGACAGUUUACAAUAGGAUGCUAGGUCUUCUAUCCUAUGGCAAGCACACAGCUGAACCGCAUUUUGUAUAUACAAUGAUAUGAAAGUAAAGUUCUCAAGUGUAUUUCUUCUUUGCGGUAA